AUGGAAGACUACUCUAUAUCACAAAUCCACACUGAAGAUGUUUUACAACACUCAUUACCUCCAUCAACAAAUGGAGAGACAGAAAAAAAAGAAAUUAAAAAAUCUGAAGAAGAUAGUCAAAGAGAAAUAUUCCAACCUAAGGUUGUGAGAAGAAAAGAUAGAGUAAGUGAAGAUAUGAUGAGAAUUAUUAAAAAUAUGAGAAGGAGAGGAUAUAAAGCCAAAGAAAUCUCAAUUUUGACUGAUCUUACCAAAGGAACUAUUAAAAAGUGUAUUUCAAAAAUUGAAGAUGAUAAACCAUUAAUUGAUGAAACAAGUAGUGUUCUCAAAAAAAGAGGUCGUAAAAAGUCAGAAAAUACAGACUUACAAGAAAAAAUCCAAAGUAUAUUACAUGACAAUGAUGGAAUUACUCUUAAAACAAUGAAAGAUAGAUUAAAGGAUGGAGGUUAUGGUAUUUCAGUCAGUUAUUUAUCUAAAACAAUAAAAAAGAUGGGUAUUAAAAGAAAACCAUCUCAACAAAACAUUCAAGUUAGAAAAUCUGAUGAACACCAUGAGUCUCAAUCAAUUCAAGAUACAUCUGUGAUUGUACCAAAUCAAUCACAACAAGACACAUUACCUCCUCCUGUGAAUCCUCUCCAAUAA